AUGGACAACAUCGACGACGAAUAUGAACGGCUUGUAGAACAUCUUCACGACUGUACGAGUAGAGCGAAGAGUUUCAUAAUCACCAAGAGCGAAGAGCAGAAGUGUUGGCUGAAGCUGCAGAGGCGGGACAGAGCAUUCGCUGCGCCCGCCAACUUUCCCAGUCGUAAAACAACAACGACUGCUCUCCGGACUUCAGAUGGAACAUCCAGAACUUCAGAGGCAUCGAGAAGGGGGAUUGAAAAGGUCAUUCAUGACUUCUACUCAGAUUUCUUCGACAGCCAGGCCCACUUGCCUCCUCACCAUCCGAGGAAAGAUGGACAUGUUAUUCCAAAGGUCCUCUCUUCCGAAGUCAGACAUCCCAUCAUGUCGGUGAAGAAUUGUACUUCACCCGCUCCCGACAGAAUCAAGCCUGAACAUCUCAAGUACUGUUGUAUGAGAAAGGAGACCCAUAAGGCAUCGGCAACCAUUGUCCAAUCUGUUUACUGUCUGUCAUCUACAAGUAAUCCUAAACAGGAUAGAAAGAACACCGAAACAGAAAAAUGA